UAAUUAAUGAAUGACAGAUUGGUACCGUACGACUUCCUUCUACAGGUAUAUCAUAUAAAGAGCCAGCAUGUGUUACACUCGUCAGUUCGUUCACGAUGUUAACACAGUUGAGCUGGCUAACUAAGCGGCCCACUUUAUAAGGAGUCAUAUCUUGCAGUGGUUGAAGAUUUAAAAAAAAAAUAGCCUAUUUAAAUAUACCAGUAUAUGCAACACAAUAACUGAAGAUGCUGUAUUUAAGACUUUUCCUAUUGAUAACACUUAUGGGAUGUUUACCAAGUGUCAUUGGCCAAAACUUCCGACAUCUUCGUCUGGAGCCAUGGUUUGCACAGUGUCUGCGUAAAUUUUAUAAGAAAUUUAACAAUGUUGAAAACUCUGUAGGAUUAUCAAUAAAGAACUUCUGCACAUUUUCGUCUGAUUGGAAUAAAAUGCGAACCACGAAACUAAGCAAGAAGUAUUUAGAUCAGCACCCCCAGGCACGAACCUAUAUAGACAGCAUCAAAUAUAAGGUUCAAAACGAGACUCAUAAACAUCGAGGAAAACGUCAAGCAGACGAAAUACGCGUACGGAAGGAAUACCGUAUGCUAACAGACGAAGAACGCAAUCGUUUCCAUAGGGCUGUGUAUAAGAUGAAAAAUACAAUGGAAGGGGAGGUAACUCGAUAUGAAGCCUUUGCAGCUUAUCACUCGGGAGACACUCAAUUCACAGCGCACGGGGGUUGCAACUUCCCUGGCUGGCACAGGAUUUACUUGCUCAUGUUUGAGGAAGCCCUUAACAUCGAAGAGCCUGGUCUUGGUGGUAUUCCCUACUGGGAUUCAACAAUUGACAACGAAUUAGGCCCACUGGCACGUGUAUCUAUUAUGUGGUCAGGAGCAUUUGCCGGGAACGGAAAUGGAACUGUUACCUCGGGAUCAUUUGCCGGGCCCACGUCAGAAAAUGAUCUUACGCGAAAUGUAGGAGGGACAGGGCAAUUGCUUUCUGAAGAAGAUGUUCGAAAUAUCACCUCACGCACACGUUUUGGAGAAAUUUGUGGAAAUGCGGAACCUCAGUAUGAUAUUGAGUUUAAACAUGGCCCCGUUCAUAUUUUUGUAGAUGGGCAAAUGGGUGUUAUACGUACAGCAGCGUUAGACCCAGUGUUCUUUCUUCAUCACGCGUUCGUAGACUAUAUAUGGGAAAUGUUUAGAGAAAACCAAGAAAAUAAUAAUGUAGAUGUGGAAGCAGACUAUCCGACGGAAUUUGGAGAUAUAUUCCACGCCCCUGAUGUAAGGCUUGAUUUGGAGCCGUCCCUUUAUGUAGCAGAUACCUUGCAAAAACGUUUCAGUGCAGGUUACCGCUAUGCCCCACGACCAACCUGUGAUGUCGUAAGAUGGCAUUGUAAUAGCAAAUGGCUUAGAUGCAUUAAUCACCCGACACUUGGACCGAGAUGUGUGCCGAUUCUUAUAGGAGAAGAUCCUACAGAUAUAACAACUACCACGUCUACAUCCUCCACCACUUCCACUACCACAACCACCACUUCAACUACUACUACAACCACUCCAUCCACCACUACAACCACCACACCUUCCACAACCACCACGGCGCGACCCGAUUGUCCUACAUACCCACCGCCGACACCGCAUCCCCCUUACAACCCUCCCAAAAGAGGUUACGGUGUCGACGAUGGACUCGUUAUAUUACCAACACAGAACACAUUUGGUGUGGACGGAGACUAUGACACUAGGCAUUGGAUGUAUCUACCUGUUAGAAUAACAGUCAGGCGACCGAACGACUAUAAAGCCUAUCGUUCAUAUCCGGUGAAAAAAGGGAAGGUUCAAAGAGAAAACGAUGUGUACGCCCCACGCUCUGAGCAGAAUAAAGUGUAUAAUUAUAUCAAACCAGGGCAACCAAAACGGUACGAUAACUGUCAGACUUCCAAGAGUGGAGCAGGAGUAGUCUAUGUCCAAACUGAUGGCAUCAAUUACGAGGGGAAAUACAUCGAAUACGCGGUUGUUGACAAUCGACUUGCGAUAUCAGUAGCAUUAGCAUAUGUGGCAGUGCGAAACCCAGGGAGAGGUAUAGCAGAAGUUCUGUUCACUGCCUACGACAAUUGUGGAAGAGUAUGCCAUCCCUCCUGUUUGAACAUGAGAACGCGUCAGUAUGAACGAUGUACCGGAGCCAUGCGAAUCACCAAUCCAAAUUAUAUGUAUAGUAACGAAAGUAGUUACGGGGAAUCAGUGGAAAAAGUUUGGGAGUUUGGGGAAGAAUGUCCGCAGUUUAAAACCGACAACAUCCAUGUCUCAUUUUUCUGUGACUAUAGCCAGAGAUGGCCUUGGCCUGAUGCACUAAAACAAGAAGAUAUAAGAAUGAACGUUCCCGGGCACAUGAGAAAGCCUAGUGCACCGAGACCAGUAUCCAUACAUCAACCUACAUUAAAAGUCUGCAAACCGAAGGUCAGCUCUUUCAUGUCGUGUCCAAUCAGAAGAGAACAGUGCAACGCACCUUGUGUAACCGGGGAGAAGUUUGCGUGUACCAAUAAAUGUCACUUGUUCUCGGAGUGCCAGUCUAACAGCAUUUACGUUGUCCGCUGCCCGAGGUCACAGAACUUCAAUCCUGAAACCAAAAAGUGUGAAAGACAGUACAGGUGCACUGUGCUCCCACAAAAGAGGACAACAGAGUCGCCCAGAAAUCGUUUCCUCGAACUCGCCCGACUUCGACAACUUCGUUACAGACAGCAGCAACAGAGAAAUGGUAAUACUCCUACGGAACCUGAUCACAACCACGGUCCUGUAACUGACCCACAACCAGGUCAGAACCGCGGUACACCGAGAGACUGGCGAAAUAGAAGACGAAAUUGGCGACAAAGAAGCGGUUAACGAAAAGUUAGCAGUGAAAUCCAAAAUAGCUUAAACUUUUGUAUUUGUGUAUGUUAGCCAAAGACUCAUAAACAUACUUCAAUUCCAUUUUGUUUGUAUCUAAAUAUGCCUAAAUUCGAAAGGUCAUAUGUUUACAAAAAAGAAAACGCCAUUUUGUAUAAUAUAUACUUGUACGAAGAAAAUAGCGAUGUAUGUCUUUAAUACUACAAUAAGAAAUAUACGAUUUUGACAUGCGAUUAAACUUUGAAUUCGAUUAGUUUGGACACACUUCGCUCUUUGUAUGAAAAGGUAAGACGAUUUUUUUUGCCAAUAAAUGAUGUUAUUUACUGUAAUGUUUGAAAGCAUAGUUUCUUGAAACUUUGAACGAUUGUUUUUUCUCUGAUGUUCCUGAGUGUAGGGAUGGCUUUUUAUUUAUAUCACGUUUUGUUGAUAGAAAUUUUGUUUUAAAGAUUUCAAUUUUACAUAACCCGGUUCAAUAUUCUUAAUAUACUUUUCUUAAUGGUAAUUAUGUAUAAUAAUGAAGUUGUUCGAUAGCAUUCGCGAAAUCCUUAAACUCCAGAUAUUCUCUCGCGUUUUUUAAGAUUGGCUAGCAUAACAGCACAUUCUAGUUAAAUAUCAACGGUUAUUGGGUUUAUAACAAAACAAAUGGGAAAAAAAUAAUACUAUAAUAGUCAAUGUUGUGUCAUAGCAUUAUCACUAGACAGAAACAAAAAUAAUCAACACUACUGCCUGGCCAUUAAGUCAAUUGACACUAAAGAAACCAAGUUAUACCAGUGUUAAAAUAUAUUUUAAAGUGACUGGUGGAAAUUCUAAUUAGUAAGUAAACACAUUUAUUAAUGUGUUCUUGUGAAGGAAACAUCUGAAAUUUUAAUAACGUGCCAUCUUUGAGGAUUGAAAACAUAAACAUUGGCUCAAAAUAACGCUGUUCAAACUACUGAGCUACAAUUUGUAGAGUGUAAAUUACUCUAAACGUGAAAAUUCUUAUUUUAAGAUUAUAUAGGUUAUAGAUAUAAAGAAUAUAGAUUUCACAACUAUUGUUAGCGCGAAAAUGUUUACACCGCAAACAGUUUAAAGAGACACGACACGAAACGAAAAUGUUAACACGCAAAAAUUAACACUUUUACAGUACUACUACUAAUGGUCCCAUACAACAGAUGUGCAAUAGAUUACCUUUUUUACCUCUUAAGUGAGGUUUUGUAUAUAUGUGUAAAUAUUAUUUGAUGUACGAUUAUUUCGUUUUUGAAACAAUAUGAGAUCUUAUUAUCUACAAAUAAUUUGGUCAUUACCGUAAUUUAAACUAGUGAACGGAAUGAGUAAACAGAUGUAUUUGUUAUGUUGUUAUGUUCGAAAAUAAUUCUCCCCAAAAUGAGGAAUCUGUCUAUAAAGUCCUAAUUACGUCAAUGUUUGAGUUAGAAUUAUAUGUAAAUCCACAAUAGUUUGAUUUAGACCUUGAACAUGUCACUUAUACAGACUGGUGGUUUAAAACAAAAUUGAAUAUCCUGUUACAAAAUAUUUUAAAAAUAUUACAUUGACCAAUUUUAAUUGUAAUGUAAUUUUUUUUUUUUUACAACUUGUAACGUGUUUUUGCUUCAUAUAUGUACUUCUUUGUCUCAUUAUUAUUUUUUCAAUUGUACGAUGAAUUGAGAAUUUGUUUGAAUUAUUAUGCAACUUUCCAUGUAAUAGUUUUUAUUAUAAAAUUGGAAAGUAA